AUGUCCUUAUUCAACACUCGUUCCUCCUCCUCCUCCAACCUUGAAGACUCUCUUUGUUCAUUACUUGAAAGUAUGAAACGAAAGCCUUUGGAACCUUCAUUCCAUGAGAAUGAAGAAGAAUUCAAAGAAGGCUUUUCCUCAAACAACUUGUCUUCCUCCUCUAAAUACUUUUCCUAUACCUCCUCCUUGACAGUUUCAACCACUUCCAUCACCUGCUCCUCCUCAUCUUCUUCCUUCGACACAUUCAAUGUGGAGAAUUCUGUCCUUACUCCAACUUUUGAGAGAUUGUUUGAGAACACUGUUGUCGAACAACAACAUUCACCAACCAUCUUCUCAUCAUGGGAUGAAGAUCAUCAUAUCUUCAAUGACAUUCCAGAAAUUUCAGUGGAGACUCUCGAGCGAGUUUCGUGUGGAUGUGAUGUGUGUUCUCGUUCUUCUUCGUCAUCAAUGACCCACUCGACACAAAGCCUUCCUGAAUCUGACGUUUGGCAGCCAUUGACAAGAAACUCUUUGGCAUGGAGAGCUUCUUGUCACUUGCAUCAACACAACCCUUUGAACAAACAUGGUGCAGAGAAUUCCAUCUCUUCGCAGCAGCAAACUCUUAGAUGGAAUCCCUUUCUUCCUCAUCUUCCAGGCGAUGCGAAAACCAUUUUUGGAGAAUCUUCCGCUUCUGUUGACCGUGUGGAUUCAUUUGAUGAAUCAACAACCUUGUCAUCAUCAGUAGAACAAGAACAACAAACUCCUGUAACAGCAAUGCCUUCGACACUUCAAACACCUUUGAUUGGAUCAAAGGAGGAAUUUGAAGGCGAAACAUUUGUUCAUGAAAGUUCUUCAAGACAAGAACCACUUAUUUCUUUUUCGAAGUCGACUCAAAAGAAUUCAAAGAUUAUGAAACCCAAAAAGAUGUUGCGAGCUUUGGAAAUUCCAAUGAAGUCCAUUCCUCUUGGUGUAAGAAAAUAA